CGACAAGUACGAGCUCCAGUCCGCUGAUCCCCUCGCGAAGCAGUUCAUUCUCAAGUUCGCGGGAGCUGCUGGAUUGGCUGCCCGCCGUGUGGGCCAAGCUUUGCAGUCUCUUCGUGGCAGUGGCGGAGUCUGGAGGGCAUUCGCUGUGGCAGCUCACGGCGGUGGUGGAGAGGCUCGACUUCAUAUUUCGCAAGAUAAGAACCCGCGCCAGGUCAAACUCGAGAUCCUCGGCCGCAAGACCAAGCUCGCCUUGCAGGGGGAGUUGGGAGGCCGCAAAGUCUUCUUCGAUCGUGAUCGUGGAUGGGUUUCAGUUGGCUGGGACGCGCUGUGCAAGAUCGAGCCGAAGCAGGGCAGGGAGAAGGCUGAACUCAUGUGGAACAUGGCGACGAUCCGCAAGCUCGGAGUGUCCAAGGAGGCUCUGGUGGCUCGCACGAACCAGAUCUUCGAACCUGAUACGGAGCCUGAGUGGUGUCUUUGA